GGACGGGACGGGGCGGGGCGGGUAGGCGGGUAGUCUGGUCUGUGUGGGCGGCGGGCAGGUAAUGUCAUAUGUUUAUAAUGUCGACAAUUUUUCUCGAAUUUUCUACGCGCAUGAUGUUUUCUGUUUCGUUUCCGCUUGGCUUUUUUUGCUCAGUCUCGAGUUUGAUCGGAUCGGUUAUCAGCGAAUUGCUCUUUUUAUCGCUACAACCCACUCUUCCUUCCUCUCUUCCUUUUUCUACUCUACGUACUACGUAGUACUACCAUCCCCGCUCUGUUUUUUUAUUCUUUUCGGGAUUCCGUGUCGACUCGCGGGUCAGUCAGUUCUUGCUCCCUUCUAUUUUAUUUUGUCUCUCUCCCUCACCCUUUUAGAAAGAUCAGAUCGAAGGCGAAGACGGCAUAGAUACAAGGGAGGGUGUGGCGGCAACGUCUCUCUCUCUCUCUCUCUGUGUGUGUGUUACUUAUACCCAGGUUUUAUGUGUCGAGAGGAGGAGGCUGCGAAAAAGAUCAAAAGUGAAAACUAAAGGGGUACAUUUUAUUAUUUAUCAUCAUCUAAACUCAAUUGCGUACAAAUGAUUUUGCAAGCGUGUCUUGAUGUGUUUGCUAUGUUUGUGGCUGCGGGUCUUCACGGAUGUAUGUCGAGGAGAAGGGGGGAAACGACAAAGAUGUUUCUCCUGCCGGUUGUCAUUCGUCCCCGAGAAGGAAGGGGAAGUCAUAAAAAGAAAACAGCCAUAGGGCAGUGCUGAGAUGACUGGAAUGGGCGGAAUGGAAUCAGAUUUCUUUCCUUCCGUUUCCCCCCACCCCCUCCACACACCAUAUAGACUGUAAUUGCCGGGCCGACAUGAUAGAGAUAGCAGAGAGGCACUAGAUGCAGCAGCAGCAUAGAGGAUACGUACCCAAGCAGCGUUGCACACAAACCGUUGCCUAGAACAUGCUGUAUAUUUUAAGGUGUCAUGUAUUGUGCAAAUACAUGUUAACCUACACAG